UUAACAGGGAGCAGAGGCCAGCAGGAUCUCAGCCUACUCUGAAACAGCACCAUGGAUCUCUGUUCAGACGCUGGAACGCUUCCUACACGGACUAACGUAGGAUAUCCUGAGCCGGAGCAGUCCCUGUCUCUGACCGGUGCACCAUGUCCAACAGAAAGCAGAGGCACCAUCUCGCUACAGCUAUUGGAAUUUAAAACCCACCUGCUUGAGGUUGUAGAGGAGCUGCACAUUCGAAGGGAUGCAGAGAUGCGCUUUGAGGCUCAGACUAAUAAACUGGUGUUGGAGAAACAGGAGCUGGAGUGGCAAAAGGAAACUCUACAACAUAAAAUUGAAACGAUGGGGAACCAGCACGCAGAGUCACUGGCUGAUAAUAAGAAACAGUUUCAGGUCAAAAUAAGAAAUAUCGAGGAGGAAAAGGGAAAGCAGCAGGUCAGUGCAGAGUUAAGAGGCAAAGAGAUUAACAGCUUGAAAGAGGAGCUGAAGUCACUGCAGCUGUUAAAGUACAACUUGGAGAAGAAAUCCAGUGAGAUGGAACAGAAGCUGACCUUGCAGAGUCUGUCAAAGGAGAGCCACUUGAACCAGUUGGGAGAGGUGGAAAAACGUUUCUCUGCUCUGGCCCGGCAGUGUGCUAUGGUGAAGCAGGCCCACGAGAAACUGGAGCAGGAUGUUGAUGAAGCCAUAAAAAUCAACAAGAAACUGACCUCUGCAUAUGAAAAACAAGAAACAACCAUUACGUAUCUCAAGAAGGAGCUGGAGGAAGUUAAUAAACAGCUGAUCAAAGCCAAGAUGUUGUCGGUCAGAUGUGACGAGACGCAUGUUCCCUUGGGCCAAGAACAGCAAGCACAGCAACUGCACCACAAGCUGGUUAUGGAAACUGAAAUGAACAAGAAACUCAUGGAUGAGAAUGCAGCUGAAAGAGCAGCAAAGCAGGAGCUGAUGAGAUCUCUGCAGCAUUCCCAGCAGUUGUUGUUGAGCCAAACUCAGACAUUAAACAAAGUGGAGCUGGAGCUGCGGACACAGAGCCAAGAGUACCAGGCCCUUAAGCAGGAACAUGAGAUGGUGCAAGAGAAAAGCAAGGCACUGGAAGACGAGAUGGCCCAACUCAUGGACAGCUACACUGCUUCCAAGAUUACGUGGGACAAAGAGAAGGCAGAGUUCCUGGAUCGGGUUCAGAGUGAAGAGCAGAACCUUCAAGCUGUACAAGAGGCUUAUGAGCAGCUCCAUCAGAAACACACUGAACUGUCCUUGCGGGCACGGCACAUGCGUGAAUUGGAGGUGGACGUAACCAAAGAAUGUCAGAAUAAAGGAGUACAAACUGGAGAGGUUUGCACAAAUAAUGAAGGUGAGCUGGAAAUCAGUCCUGAAGAUGCCUGUGUCUCAAAUCCUCUGGAUCAGACAAUGGAAUCAGUCCGGAACCUGGAGAGCUUUGAUUUGACAGAAAGAAGCUGUGAUGUUGGCCUCCAUCUGGAUUCAUGUUGUGUUGACUCUUCAGAGACGUCCAUCAGCCAGCAGAAAGACUGCAGUCAGAUCCUCAGUGUUUCUGCCUCACGCUUCACAUUCGUGGAUGGAACCACAGGAGAGCGAGAUGGUAAUGAACCUAACAUUGGCAGUCUGCAGCUCGUAGAUUCUUGUCAGACCAGGAGUCCAGAGUGUCUGAGGAUCACAGAGGCUGAGCAAGAUGACACUGGAACAAUAGAAGGACAAGAAAACCAAAUCAACCAUCAGCAGUCACGAUGGAAAGAGGCUCUGAAAGCUUCAAGUCCAGUUGGCGCCCCACUUUCCCCUUUAAACACAUACAUAAACAACACAAGUGAGAGCAUAAACACGCCAUCAGAUUUAGAUCUAGAUCACAACUUUAAUGAUGGCAUCCAAAUUAGUAAAGACAGUAGCUUUCAUGGGACAAGACCAGAAUAUGGAUCUGCUGAUGCACCUGGGGAAUGGCUGAAGGAGACCAAGGGAAAGACUGAAGUAAACAAAGAAGUGUUGAAGAAAGAACAGGAAGAGAUGGAAGCAGAAAAGACGGCAAGAGAAAACAAGGAAAGAAAUGAAGAACAAGAAAAGUGGAAUGAGAAAGAUAACGCUGAUGGACAAGAGCAGAUUGGCGGGUCGGCAGAGGAUAAAUGGGACAUGAGAAAACCUGAAAAAGAAACAAAGGAUGGAAAGACGGUGGUGCACUCACCACAACCGGUGAUAGAAGCCCAGACGUCUCCUGAUAAAAAAUGCAGCGAUGGAGAGAAGAACAACACACCAGCUAUCGAUUUCAUGGACAGAACUGAGCCGAGGCCGACCGCUCGUCAGCCAACAGAACGCUCGCAAAGUCCCUCUGAGAGCGUCGCUGAAGGUACUGAUGAAUGUGUGCGUGAAGAACAUUUGCUGAAGAGCUGUGGUUGUGAUGAUCACCAAACGUUAAAUCGUGGUCAGAAUGCUGAGUCGCUUCAUUUGUUGCCAUCUCCAGUUCAUCCUGUUUGUGAGGAAGCUACUAGUGAGAAGUCCUCUAAAAAAACAGCUGCACAUUUCUACCAUUUUCCUUCUGAACCUCUAAAACAGUCACGUAUAGUUAGCUCGGAGGCUAAUGCCACACCAUGGGAUCCUCAGUCCGUCAGCUUUCGGGAGUUGGAGAUGAGAGAAUCGUGUAAAAGUACAGACAUCAAUGUGCAGCACACAAGUCAGGUGUGUGAUGGACGUGAUGAUUUAUUGCUUCAAAGCCAGAAAAUCUCAGACCCUGCGGUUGGACAACUGAAGCUUCUGCUGACUGAAUCUGAAGCUUGUGAGAAGAUUCAGAAGAUAAAUGGUCCAUGUGAAAAUGAUGACUGUGUGGUCGUCCAGCAACCAGUGGAAGAAUGUCAGCGGAAAGCAGCAAUGCACCAGCGUAGUUCUGAUGUUGAUAUUGGGAUGGAUGGUGCCGGUCUGAACUCGCAGGUGGAAAGUGACAGCUGUCAGGACCGUAUGAAAUAUCACAUGGAAACGAAAGAACAAAAGAGCGACAGUCAGCUGAAGCCGUUUGUCCAACUCGGUCCAAAUGAAGGUGAGUCACCAGAAGCUGGCAGAUCAGAAAAGCAGGAACAGCUUCCUCCAACAGAAAUGCUGCUUCGUGAUCCUGAGGAUUCCUCGCUGUCCAGACAAAAGGAUUACAUGUCGUCAUUUGACUGGGCUGCUGCUUUGAUGGAAGCCAAAAGACUUCAUUCAGAUGUCUCUGACCUGCAGAGAUCUGUUCAGAGAUCACCAGCGUCUGAGCUGAACGCCAGUGGUUCCAGUGGAUUUGUUGGACAGACUUCGAGCAAAUUGGCUAUGUUCCUGAAAACUAAGCAGAAUAAAGUCCCUUUGGUCAUCACCAGUGCGUCAGAUCUGUUGCAUGGUUCCAGUAACUUCGGGCUUGCAGUUUCCUUUCAGAGACACCGACAGGGAGAAAAGGACACUGUCAGGGGGACAGCGGACACGAAUGGAAGAUCUUCUGUGUGGAUGAGCUCUUUUCCAGUCUCAGCUUCCUCCAGCACAGUCAGCAGGCCGUCCCUGCAAACUGCUCCAGAACCAGGGUGCAGCAGAACCACUGCAUCGGCUACAAGUCCGAGUUCUGACUCUGACUGGUUUCCCUCCGGCUCUCAGGAGAGGGAUGAACAACAUUCUUCUUUGAGAACCCAGAUUUCCAAAAUUGAACAGUUCCUCAGUACAGAGAGGCUCCUCCUCCCCAAAAGACGACGAAUUGACAACUAA